UUAUAUUUAAAUAUAAUGUUCUAUCCCUUAAAAAUUGUCAACAAUCUAGGGACCACAUAAAACAAAUAAAUUGUAGGAAAGGGUAAUUGUCCAUGGACAUUCACAUCAUCACAUGUGGGAAUGUUCCUUAUUUUGAUUGUGCUUUAAGAGCAACCCAAACCCAUAUUGCCUUCAACGUAAAGCACUACUUCAUUCACCGAAGUUUUAUUUUAUCCCUAUUUGAUUUCCAUAUAUUUGGCAUUUAACUUUUCAUUUCACAUAGAGACAUUCGGCGCCUAAAUUUGAGUAACCCAACUAAAAUAACUACUCUAACGGUCAAUUCUUUCCAUAAACACUCACACUUAAGUCCUCUUCAUGCUAACACAUAUGGCAGGUCCCAAAGCAAAGGGUUCCAAUCACACACUUGGAUUUAAAAACUUGAUGUUCGGCUGAGAAAAGAUGGAACAUCAAGACAUAACACUCCUAGAACAGCUUCACUAGGGCAUAUCUCAAGCUCUAGCGGCAUCACCUGUUCGAUCAAUACGUGAAAUUCAUUAUUUGAAACCGCAAGGCCUACACAGUGGUCAUGUCAGCUGCUGCUGAGGAGGAGUUGAAGAUUCGUUGCGAACUUGAGAUGGAAGUGGAAAGAGAUUUAGAGGCAGAGAUUAAGGAUGGGAUCUACCAUCUUGCUCUACGCUUGCACCGGCUCUAUCAACACCAAAAGGAAAGGAAUCAAGAAAGAAUGAAUAACAAAACACUUUAUGCUGAGGUGAACAUAAACAUUAGACUGGAAGGAGGAACCAAGAUUGAGAUUAAAGAGAUAAAGAAAGGUAUUGUUGCUCGCGAACAUGGCCAACCUCUUGCUCCAAUUAGAUCAGAAAAUAUGCAAGGUGUAAUGAGAGGUUCCAAUGCCAAGAAUUUCGACUGGGCAAAGAGUCUUCGAUCAGAAGCACGUCGCCCUCUGGCAAUUAACAAGAAAAAUGACAGUCUCUCUAAUCAUGCUAAAGUGAUUAGCUCUGAGCAUGGUGAUAGCCUUCCUCUUCCUCAUCAAAAUCAUAAACUUGAUCAUACUAGAAGAAAGUGGACUAGUGCCUCUGGGUCUGGGCAGCAAAAGCGUGGCAUGAGGGUUGAGAACAAGUUACUUGAACUAGGAUGGAAAUGUUGACACCCAUUUAAUUUGGUUUGUUGCUAUAAUUUGGGUUUUUUUACUGUCAUAUAGAAACAAAAUUUUUAUUAGAUUUUUCUGUCACUGGAUACAAAGUAUAACUCCCAUAUAUAUUUAUUAAUGUGGGUUUUAUUAUUGUUGUAUCUAUUGAUAAAAAAAUCUAAUGAGAAACCUAUAUAUAUAUAUAUAGCAUUACUCCAAUAAUUAACUGGGUUAAUAAUGGUGUUUGGGUGAUAAUAAGCCACAUAGGCAUUCAAAUGUUGCACUGAUCUAUUACUAUUUGUUUGUAAAUUGUUAUGAAUGAUUGGUUUUAAUGAAAUGAUUGUGUAAUUUUUUCCUUC